CCUCCUCCUCCUCUCUUGCUUUACUCUUCUUGUGCUUGGUGGUUUUGAUUCUGGAUGCAGACACUGCAGGAACACGAUAACGAGCAGAACUGCUGGAGGAUUCAGAGAGAUGAUAGGGAGAAGAGAGAAAGACUCGGAAACUGCAGUGAUGAGAUCCUUAGAUCUCUAGGUUUUUGAAGAUGUCUUGGUGCCUCAGAUUGACUUCAACAUGUCUUCCUCCAAACUCCAAGAUGCAGAUGAAAUAUUUGAUUUUAAUGAUGUGAUUCCAGAGACCCAGAGGCUGGAUAGCAGCUUACAGAAGGCCCGUGCCCAACUCUCAGCCAAGGGCAGGAGACAGCGCCCCUCUCGGUCCCGCUUGAGAGACAGUGUCAGCUCAACAGAAGGGGAUGAUAUCCUGGACAAGAAGGUGGGCGAAGGCUGUGGAAGCCCAAUCUAUCACGUGAGAUCCCCUCUCCAUGACUCCCUCCAUGCCUCAUCAUCUCUCUCUAGUUCCUCAGUCUUCACUCGCACCAUUGAGUUUUCCUUUGAUACCCCAACAGUACAGAGGUCUCUGGAACAGGAAGAGCUUUCCUCAUCUCCUCUUAUCCGUUACCGACCCCUGACCAACACCCUCUCCCAGGAGGGCUUAGGGAGCACACCCACCAGCUCCUCACCCAGGUCCUGUCCCAGCUCGGACAGCUCACCUAUCUAUGCACGAAGAGAGAGACAUAGUGAAGAUGACAGCAGGGAUGCUAGUCCUCAAGAACUGGAAAGCCCCACAAUUGGGCUAGACAAGAAAACACGGCGGAAGUUUCUGGAUUUGGGGGUCACCCUCAGGAGAGCAUCUUCUGGGAAAAGCAAAAAAGAGAAAGGAGGCAACCGUCUGUCCAUUGGCAAUAGGGAGUUGAUGGAGGGUUCCAGCCGUUCCUCGGGAUCGCCCUUCAUGCCUUUUUCCUGGUUUACAGACAGCGGGAAAGGCUCAGCCUCUUCAGGCAGCACAGCUUCUCCUACCUCUUCCCCCAAGAACGAGGCCUUCAGCCGCAAGAAAUCUGCCUCCCAGGAAUCCACCUUAAGCGAUGACUCCAGCCCUCCCAGCAGCAGCCCUAAGACCCUGAGCAUGGCUCUGCCAGAGGCCAAGUGCUCCUACCCAUACCAUACACUGUCACAAUCAUCUGAUGAGUUUCUGGAUGAGCCUCUGAGUGCAGUUUCAAUGUGGAGCAGCCAGAAAGUGGGCCAGUGGCUCGAGAGUUUGAACCUGGAACAGUACGUAGCAGAAUUUGCUGCUCAAGAUCUGGAUGGACAACAGUUGCUGCUCCUUGAUGGAGCCAAAUUGAAGGCCCUGGGUGUCAGCAACUCUCACGAUCGGUCUCUUUUAAAGAGAAAGGUAAAGGAGCUGAAUGCAGCAGUCGAGAAAGAGAAGAAAGCCCAGGAAAAGAUGGAGAAACACAAAGAAAAACAGAAAAAGAAAGAACAGGAACAGAGGAAGAGUUAAGCAAAGAGGGCAAGGGGGGAAUUAUCAUUUCUCAGCAUAGGCUUAGACCCAUUUUCCCCUAUUCCUCUGAAGCAUCUCUGGAAUGAAGGGGGAUGGACAUCAGCAUCCAGGAAAAUGGAGGGCAAGAUGCAAGCAUGGUCCUACCAAAGGUUAAGGGCUUGGGUGGGACAUAGGGUGAACUUGAACUUGCUCUGGGGACUAGAUAAUGGUGACACCAGCAGUAGGAGCUUGGCACACCACUAAUGGUGGAUUGGCCACAAGGGACAGAGAGGACAAAAUUGAUGCAAAUAGUGUCUCCUCUACUAUGCCAGGACAAUCCAACUGCACUUUCAGGGGACCAUCAAGACUCCCUCUGCCAAUGGUGCAACAUGGAGAUGGGUGAUGAUGCUAUCUCCCCAGCCCCUGCUCUGUGUAAUACCUUCAGAUGACACGGCUAUCUCUAUAUUUCCCUUUUGAUCUUAUUCCUCUACACAAAAUUGCUCACCUCAAAGGCUUUGAUGGGUUCACACUCUGUGUCAGUUAAGUGCCCCUUCACACCCUCCUGCCAUUACCAGGGGAACACAGCUGCCUUGCAAAACACAAAACGAGAGACACAUAGACAUGCAUGCACACACAUACACAAAACACUCUCAAAAC